CACGAGCGCUGUGAUACAAAAUGCCGCCAAAAUUAGUUAAACCAAUUUUUGGGUUACCACAAAACAUUUUACAUGAAGUACUUCGAUUGCACCGCUGAGUCGCUGACUGACGGGCUCGAAUAAUGUAAUGGCGGUGUUUCAUGAUGAAAUUGAGAUAGAAGAUUUCGAAUAUGAUGACGACACUGAAACCUAUACCUACCCUUGUCCUUGUGGAGAUCAGUUUGAAAUUACUAAGGUUUGUCUGCUUAAUAUAUUGUAGAAAGUAUAUGUCGUUAUCUUCCGCUAUAGCUUGAAUAUCAUCACCAUAUACUUCAAUAGUUUAUAGUUUAAUAUCAUGGGCGGAUUUACUGGGUUGGGGGGGGGGGUUAAACCCCCUAGAAUCUCCCUAACCCCUCUAAUAAACUGUUCAACCCACCAAAAUUUCGCUUCACCCCUCCUAUUUUUGUGUGAAAUGCUUUAACCCAAACGCCUAACCCCUGCCGAAGCUCACUGAGUGGUGCGGCUGGUGCCACUUGCAGUUGCACCCCAGCCAGUGUGGAAAGUUUGUACUGCGCGCCCGAUAUCUCGGGCGCGCAAUUUUGAUGCUUUCUAUAUAUUUACUAUUAAAUUUUCGAAAUCUCGGCCGUGCAAUUUCCAAGCUUUCCAGUUAGGCACCCCAGUGACCCCACUAGAAAAUUCUCUACCCCUCCUAUUAAAUAAAUGAAAAUCCGCCCUUGAUAGCUAUAUAAAAUACUAGUUGGUUAUUUGGUUGUCUUAAGGUAUGUUUACACGCCAACAAUUAAAGAUGUGGUACAGUCCGAUCUGCGCAUGUGCACAAAGGAGCCCUCUUUUUAUUUACAAACAGUUUAUGUAGGUUUUUAUUUCAUUUUAUGUUCUUGCAAAGCUUGAUUGUUGUGUCUUAAUAAUUUAUUAUACUCUAGAAUCAUGAAAAUAUAAAAUUUAAAUAGUUGUCGAAUAAAAUUCAAUAUUUUAGAUACCGAAAUGUAAACAAAGCCUUUGCUUACAUACGGACUGUACCACAUCUUUAAUCGGACCUAUUCAGCUUUAAUUUAAGUGAUAUUUGAAAAAUACGCUGUCGACGUCAUCUGACGACAUUGUCUACUGACAACAUUACCUUAAUUUAUAAAUUGGCCUGAUUAAUCAUUUUGUGUAAACCUAGCUUUACCACGGUUAGCACUAUUUUCCAUCCAGCAAACUGACCUGACGUCAUUUUCGGAAGAUAGAAGAGGUGUUAAAUGGCUAUGUAACCAACCCAAACCCUACCCCUACUCUAACCCCUGACUCUAACCUCAACCCUAACUUUAACCCUAACCGAAUAAUAAAAAAAUCCAAAAAGAAACGACUUUAGAAAAUCGAUAGGGCGGUUUGCUGGAUGGAAAAAAGUGCUAACCCUUUACCACAGAGUAGAGAAAAACAGAUGUGUCCAUUAUUGCCAACUUGUUUCCAUUAUUUGACCUUUAUGACUAAGAAGACUAAGAAUAACGAAAAUCCACAGUUUUCAAACAAUCUAUUGUUCAAGAAAUACAUAUUUAUGAUAGGUGGACUUCAAUGAUCUGGUUUCUGCACUUCACUUGAUAAUAUUAGAAUGCUGUUGGGUUUUUUUAGGGUUUGUAAUCCAAGUGAGUAUAUAUACAUUUUAAGACCUAACCAGGAACGACUGCGAAAAAUGCAGCACAAGGUCCUCUGGUAGAGCGCUGCACCGGAAUCGCAGAGCCGUAAGUUCAUUUCCUAACCAGGUUCGUUCCUGGUUAGGUCUUAAAAUGUAUUUUUACUCACUUGGAUUACAAACCCAUAUUUAUAAUAUAAUAUGUAAAAAUUGAAAUAAAAUUGUUGAAAAGAGAGUGAAUUUUUGUUUGUUUUUACUGCAGUAACCGCUAAGCUAGACACUUCUGUUAUAACGUUUUGAUUUUCGAACAAAAGGAUAAUAAAAGGAUAAGGUCAGGGAUGCCGGAACGAUGUGAAGGCAAGGGGGGCAGAUUUUCGUGAAAGGGCACUUUUGAAUUGAUAUAUACUAGGAGAUGUUUGCAAAACAUCAGGAGUUGAACUUUGCCUCAUCAUAUUUUCUAUUUAUUGGAUGGUAGGGGUGUGAGGGGGUUCUCUGCCAGGCGAUUGUGCUAUUCUCCUCAGGAAAUUCUUCAGAGGGGGGUGUAAUAAGGUCAAUUCAACCGACUGGUUCAAAAAAAAAUUUUCCGGAUCAAAAAUUUUUUGUCCCCCCCCCCAAAAAAAAUUUCGGUCAGUGCACCAUUUUAGGGGUCCAAAAAUUUUUCCGGACGUACAAAAAUUUUCCGCACAUAACAAAUUUUCAACAUUUUUUUACAUUUUUCCAAAAUUUUUACAUUUUUCCUCAAAAUUUUCCUAAAAUUCCCACCACGUUCUUGCCCUUUGCGCAAAAAAUAUUUAACCCAAAUAGCAGUUCUACCGACUGAAUAGCAGUCCUGCCGACUGAAUACAAUUACUGGGGGGUGUCACACCCCGUAGCUCCGGGCCUGCUUGAAGCUCGAUGACUGCAUUUCUUACGUUUUCUGAAGCAAAUUUGUAAAAGAUUUGCACUAACAUUUCUGACAAUUCGCUAUUUCGCCAAGGUAAUCCUUUAAAUUGAAAGGACACCUUUGCCCCCCUUGCCCCUCCUGGUAAAGGGCAACGGGGGUGGCUGCCCCCCCCCCCCAGUUCCGGCGUCCCUGGAUAAGGUUAAUAUCCUGAUUCCUGGCUUUCAUUUCUGCAAGCAAAAAAUCCAAAACAUUCUUUUAAAAACGUGGCCCAAUGGAUAUUUAAAACGUUUGUCUGGAAUAGUGGGUCGUGUCAGAUUCUUUCAGACACCAUAAUGGAUAAUGGAAAUAAAGGCCAGACGGGAAACUAAAGUCUAAUUUGGAGUGGCCUAAAGUUUUCCUGAACCUGUCCUGCAGCCUAACCCAGACCUUAACCUGACCUUAUUGAUUCAACUGUUUGUGCAGUGUAGGUAGGUAGUGCAAAUAAUAAAAGACACUUUCGUUGGUAGGGUUUCAACUGCCUGAAGAACUUGGAAGAACUUUUAUUUUAUGCUUGAAAUUUCACUGAUCAAUAACGUGUCCAAGGCGAAUGCCUACUGUAGUAAACCACUUAACUACAGAGGAAUUGCUUGAAAUCAACUGAAUGUUGGGAUCCGGUGUUGAACAAAUAACCACUGCAUAUAAUUAAUUAUCAAUACGCCACAUUCGUAUUGAAGUUGCCACGCAAAACAUCAAUUUGAUAUUAAACUGGCAAUAUUAUCCUGUAAUUCACCCAUGUGCAUGCAAUUUGAUUAAAAAAACACUCAUGGUAAAUAUGUUCUUUCUCUGGAAAUAUACAAAAAUAAAGUGCUUUAUGCCAAAAUAAUAUUUUCAAAAUACACUGCAGAACCAAAAGUGCCACGAUCCAUGUUAUCAGAUGGAUUUGUUGGUACAUGAGAUAAUGUGUGGCAACUUCAAUAUGAUUUGAGUUAGGCUUUGUUUAGUUCUUGACGUUUCUGAUAUUGAAUUAGUAACUGCGCCCAAAUGUCAAAAACAGCUAUUGCUAUCAGUGUGGUAAACCUGCUGUAAUCUUAUACUUGUUUUUAUUUCCAAUCUUCUAGGAACAACUUGAAAACGGUGAAGAUGUUGCUGUCUGCCCCAGUUGUUCUUUAAUUGUCAAAGUAAUCUAUGAUUUGGUAGGUCUUAAUGGUUGCUUCAUCUUGUGUAUUUGGGUUAACCCCAAACUACAGUGUUGAACAUCAUAUGGAUAAACAGUUUAGGUCUAUUCAUAAGUUUCCUGCUUAUCCCAGCAUUUAUAUUCUUUCAAACAACAGAUGCAUUUGAUAAUCAUCUGCAAUACAUUUAUUGUCAAUUCAUUGGCUUGACCGUUCAUGUAUUAUCAUGACCCUAGUUCAUUCCUGUCUAUUCCACUGGACAGUUUCAGCAUGUGGUUACAACAUACCCUUUGUUUCUCUUUGGUUUCAAGAAUGGCAAAGUUAAUGAUUUGAUAUGUAUUGUACAAAGUGUAGCCAUGAAAAAGACAAAUUGUAAAUAAAUUGUUUAGAAUUAUUUUGUACCAAUAUUAAAAUUAUGUGAUCGCUUGCAAUAGUUUAAACCUGACGUCUGAUCACAUCCUAAGGUCUGCAUACUCCAUGUUCUGCAUCGUUAGUACUAUACUAUUAUAGUACGAUAAUGAGGUACUAUUCAAGCUCACAAGACUAUAACAUUACUGCAGUUAUAUUUUAAUGUGUGCCAUAUCAUUCAUAAAGGUAUAUUUUGAAUUUUAGGAAGAUUUUAUGCAAACCGAAAAAGUCAAAUGUACUACAAAUGUAUUGGAAAAGAUUUGAAGAUGAAUAUUGCUAACCUUAAUCAAAUUAAUGAAUUUCAAAGGAUAAAGGCAAACAAAAUAUUUAUACCCUAUACUGGAAGAGUGUAUAUAUGUACAGAAUGUUGAGAAAUAUUGUACAGUAAUAUAUCGAGAGACAGCAGACGUAUAGACUCUACGGCUGUGUGCACACGGGCGUCGUUUUCCAGCGUUUUCAAAAACGUUUUUGUCCCUUUAGUCGUUUUGACGCCCUGUUCACACGGUCCAAAGGAAAAUAUCUCCAAUAUAUUAAAUAAACUACAGCUUCGGUCGUAAAUUAAUAGUAUUUGCAUCCGUUUUAGCGGGAAAACACAAAUGAAAACGCUCGAAAACGUUACCGUGUGCACAUAGUCUACUAUAGCAACUAUAGCUGUAAAUGUCAGUGCCCAUGCACCACACAGACAUGAAGCUCAAUUCAAACUAUGAUUCAAGUGAUGAAGGCUCCAGAUUUUCUGACCGUCUGCCUGUCGAAGGAGGGCAGGGGAAACUUACACGCGUGUACAUGUUAUAAAACCCUGCGAGGUCCAGCUAGCCAGCUCUCCUAAAACGAUAAUCAACUAAGACGAUAAAUAAACAAUUCGCAUUGAAUAAACAGAUUUUUUAAACUCGAAAAGUUUAGUGUGGCAAUUAUAGUGAAAUGUUUUUAAAUAAUCUUCAACUUAACAAAAG